GGUGCCUGAGUGCCACUCCCAGGAAGCCGCUCGGACAGUCCGGCUCGGGGAGGGCCCGGGCCUUCGGCGCAGAUGGUGCUUUCGGAGCUGGCCUUGCGCCUCAACAGCACCGAGUACAAGAACUGGGUGAAGGCGGGGCACUGCCUGGUGCUGCUGCGGGCCUGCCUGCAGGGCUUCGUCCGCGCCGAGGUGGAUGCCUUCCACCAGCGCAUCCUGUCCGAGGUCCCCGGCCUGGGCCCCCGCACCUCCUGCAGCGGCGGCGUACGCUGCAACCCCCGCGCUCGGCAGUUUCAGCCUCAAUGUCAGUUGUGUGCAGAAUGGAAAAAGGAGAUUUUGAAACAUCACACCAACAGAAAUGGAGACAUCUACUGGGGAAACUGCAAGCCUGAGCGCUGGCCUUUUGACCCCUGGGAACUGGCAAAGGCUUUUAUGCCCAGGGGACUGGCAGACAAAAAAGGACCUGAGGAAUGUGAUGCAGUUGCUCUUCUAAGUCUUAUCAACUCCUGUGAUCACUUCAGGAUUGAUCGAAAGAAAGUCAUAGAGGUGAUUAAGUGUCGUAAUGAAAUCAUGCACUCUUCAGAAAUGAAAGUCUCUUCUACAUGGCUGCAAGAUUUUCAGAAGAAGAUUCAAAGUUUUUUGAAUGAAUUCUGGAAUAUCCCAGAGAUUGCAGCCACAAGUGCCAGAGUAGAACAGCUGCUGACAUCUGACUGGGCCGUCCACAUCCCUGGGAAUGACCAGUUGGAUGGUCCUGAAAGUGAAACCAGCAUUCACCUUAGUGAAAGUGAAAUCAAUGAAAUAGAAAUGGAAUUACUAAGGGAAAAACUUCAAGAGAAUUAUAUUCAAGCAGAAGAGCAAGCAAUAUCACCUGAAGAGAUCAUUAAAAAUGUACAGGCAAUGAAGGUCUUCCUAAGAAACAACAAGGAUCUUGGAAUUAGUUUUGAAGAAGAAAUACAAAAGUUGGAAGAUCUUAAUCUACAGUAUCAAAAAAGGUGUACAAUGGAACCUGGGGAGUAGGCGCUUGAACUGGUGGAGGUUGAAGGGAUUUCUUUAGUCAAAAUGAAACAUGUUACCUGAAGACCA